AUGGCAUCACCUGGUAAUAAAAACCAUAAACGAAGGGCGUUUAUAAGAGAGUAGCUACAUCUAUUGUAUUCUGUUCUAUUAAAGAAAAGUCAUCUCGCGAGAACCAGAGCAACACGAAACUCAAAUUCCUAUAUAAAGAAAGAGAGAGAGAGAGCUUUUGAGAAAAUUGAUUCACUUCGACGAUCGUUGUGAUUAGCUAAAAAUUUGGUCCAUCCAUCCGUAGUUCGAUACAGAGACCAUGCCGAAGAACAAGGGAAAAGGAGGAAAGAACAGGAAGAGAGGAAAGAACGAAGCUGAUGACGAGAAGCGUGAGCUUAUCUUCAAGGAAGAUGGCCAAGAGUACGCUCAAGUCCUUCGCAUGCUCGGCAAUGGCCGAUGCGAAGCCAUGUGCAUUGACGGCACCAAACGUCUCUGCCAUAUCCGUGGUAAGAUGCACAAGAAGGUCUGGAUCGCAGCAGGCGACAUCGUCCUUGUUGGCCUGAGGGACUACCAAGAUGACAAAGCUGACGUCAUCCUCAAGUACAUGUCUGACGAGGCCAGGCUUCUCAAGGCCUAUGGUGAGCUUCCUGAGAAUACCCGUCUUAAUGAAGGCAUUGUUGGUGAUCUUGAUGAAGAUGACGAUAAUGCUGCUGAUGAUUACGUUGAGUUUGAGGACGAGGAUAUCGAUAGGAUCUAAGUUUGUUUUGCUUGGCCUUGUAAUAUCAAAGUUUGAUGAUGCACAUCUUGUGAGAAACCGGAGUGCAAAAACAUGAAUGUUAAAAUAAAGAUAUUGUUAUGUGUUUCGUAUCACUAUUAUCAUUUGAUUCCCCAAAUAAUUUACAGAACGUUCUUCA